AUGGCUUCUGAGGCAGCAUCCCAAGUCACCAUUGGGGCUCUAAGUGCCAUAUUUGAUGAAACGAAACCCCAAGUUCGAGAGCCGAUUGUUCAAUGCGUUCAAAUCAAGGCACUGCCAGCUCAGCCGGGCCAACCAGAACGUUACCGGGCUGUAUUCAGUGAUAUUGCAAAUUAUGUUCAAACCAUGCUUGCUACUCAAGCCAACUCGGUAGUGACAGAUGGAUCUCUCCGGAAGGGCUCUUUCGUGCGUCUCAAGUCAUUUCAAUCAAACUCUGUCAAGGGCAAGAAAAUCCUCAUUAUCUUGGAUCUUGAAGUUCUAACGGAACUGGGUGAGGCUGAGAAAAUCGGUGAACCCAGACCACUUGAAGUCAAGACCGAGGAAGAGGAGGUGGGUCAACCGACAACAAUAUCCAGCAAUGGGUUCUAUGGCUCCAAGAUGGAGGGUGCACAGGUUCAGCCAAAUAAACGAGCCCAGCCAAUGUCUGCCCCUAUUUCUACUUCCUCUGCCCAUGCCACAAUCUACCCGAUUGAAGCCAUCUCCCCGUAUUCCAACAAAUGGACGAUGAAAGCACGAUGCACAAGCAAGUCCAACAUCAAAACCUGGCACAACAAGAAUGGUGAGGGUAAACUGUUCAGUGUGAAUUUACUGGACGACAGUGGUGAAAUUCGUGCAACCGGUUUCAAUGAGCAGUGCGAUAUGCUCUAUGAACUCUUCCAGGAGGGAAGUGUUUAUUACAUCUCGAGUCCCUGUCGGGUUCAGAUUGCCAAGAAACAGUUCACAAAUCUCAACAACGACUAUGAGCUCACAUUUGAGAGAGAUACUAUCGUUGAGAAGGCUGAGCAGCAAAAUGAUGUCCCUCAGAUACGAUUCAACUUCACCACCAUUGCUGAUUUGCAGACUGUUGAAAAAGACACCACUACUGAUGUCAUUGGCGUGCUGAAGGAUGUCGGGGAGACAUCCCAAAUCACAUCCAAAAGUACCGGAAAACCCUAUGACAAACGCGAGCUUACGCUGGUUGAUAACACGGGAUUUUCUGUCCGCUUGACAAUUUGGGGUGCAUCUGCAAACAAUUUUAGUGUGGCGCCCGAAUCUGUUGUUGCCUUCAAGGGAGUCAAGGUUUCUGACUUUGGCGGAAGAAGUCUGAGCCUUCUGAGUUCGGGCUCAAUGACUGUGGAUCCUGACAUCGGGGAGGCUCACCGACUCAGAGGUUGGUAUGACGCCCAAGGCAGGUCGGAGAACUUCACAUCCCAUGCUUCAUUGUCAAAUGCAGUCAGCUCCACAGGCAAAAGAGAUCCCUUCAAAACUAUUGCUCAAAUUCGCGAAGAGCAGCUUGGCAUGUCUGAAACUCCUGAUUACUUCUCUCUGAAAGCAACUGUGAUCUACAUCAAGCAGGAUUCUACCUGGUGCUAUCCUGCCUGCCUUUCUGAAAACUGCAACAAGAAGGUAACGGAACUUGAUCCAGGACAGUGGCGGUGCGAAAUGUGUGACAAGACCCACCCCAAGCCAGAGUACCGCUUCAUCAUGCCUAUUAGUGUCAGCGACCACACUGGCCAGCUUUGGCUUAGCUGUUUUGAUGACACUGGAAGAAACAUCAUGGGAACAUCCGCUGAUGAACUAAUGCAACUUCGCGAGGACGAUCCCAGCGCUUUUGGUGAAGUCUUCCAGGGAGCCAAUUGCCAAACCUGGAGCUUCAGGUGCCGAGCCAAGAUAGACAAUUUCGGUGACCAACAGCGUGUCCGAUAUCAAGUCUCAUCCUCCCAGGCAAUCAAUUACUCAGAUGAAGCUUCUCGCCUUGCCGAUAUCAUCAACUCCUACAGUCUUGAGCAGAGAAUUCAGCCUCGUGCUCUUUGUCUUCUUUAUUUCACUCUCAUUUUGCUAUACCGUCCCUAUAUAAUCCUCGUCAUGGGUAAGCGAAGCCAUCUCGAGUCAACUGAGCAGCGACCGAAGAAAAAGUCCAAGUCCGAGAAGCCUGCAAAAGCUUCUAAAGAUAAGCAGGACAAUGGAGAUGAGAAGACUGUGUCUUAUUCUGAUGCCUCUGCGCUAUCCAAGAUCCCUCAGUCAGACAUCGACAGUUUCUUGACCGAGAACGUGAUUAAAAUUGUUGAUCCCUCUUCACCUGACGCCUCUCAAUUCCGCCCAAUCCUUUCGUUUGAUCACCUACCUGAAUGCGAUGCCGGUCUGUACGCUCAAUUGAAGUCUUUCUCUAAGCCAACGCCAAUUCAAUCUACUACAUGGCCGCUUCUUUUUGCUGGCCGUGAUGUGAUUGGUAUUGCAGAGACUGGAAGUGGCAAGACCCUGGGUUUUGGCUUGCCAUGCCUGAAGAAAUUGAUUGACUCUAAGACGAGCAAGAAACCUUGCCAACCCAGGGCAGUGAUUAUCUCACCAACCCGAGAGCUUGCAAUGCAGAUUUAUGACCAGCUUGUCAAAUUUGGCGGCACUGAGAAGACUCAGGUGACAUGCAUUUACGGAGGUGUGGGUAAAGAUGAACAGCGUCGGGCUCUCCAAAAGGCUGCCAUUGUGGUUGCCACCCCUGGACGUCUUAAGGACCUCCAAAGUGAUGGUUCAAUUGAUUUUGGAAAGGUCAAUUACCUCGUUUUGGAUGAGGCAGACCGCAUGCUUGACAAAGGAUUUGAGCAGGAUAUCAAGGAUAUUGUCAAGCCAAUGCCCGUCUCCAGGAGACAGACUGUCAUGUUCACGGCAACAUGGCCCCGGUCGGUUCGAGAUCUCGCAGCAACUUUUAUGAAGACUCCAGUAACUGUUACCAUUGGCGGAGACCCAUCCGCGGAUCCCCGAGCCAAUUUGAGGAUCAAGCAAGUCGUUGAAGUUGUUGAUGGCCGAGACAAGGAGGGCCGACUCAUACAACUACUCGCUAAAUCCCAGCGUGGUCAUCAGUCGCCCGAGAAAGUCCUGGUUUUCUGCCUCUACAAGAAGGAGGCUAUGCGUAUUGAGAAUCUUAUCAGAAACAAGGGAUUCUCGGUUGCUGGCAUUCACGGCGAUUUGAACCAAUCAGAUAGAUUCCGAAAUCUUGAUGCUUUCAAGAAAGGCAAUGCCAGUGUUCUUGUCGCAACCGAUGUGGCGGCGCGUGGUCUUGAUAUCCCGAAUGUAAAACUUGUGAUCAAUGUCACAUUCCCUCUUACUGUUGAGGACUACGUGCACCGAAUUGGAAGAACUGGACGUGCUGGAGCUGACGGACUUGCCAUCACCAUGUUUACUGAAAAUGACAAGGCACUAUCUGGCGGAUUGAUCAAUGUUCUAAAGGCAGCCAAGCAAGACGUGCCAGAGGCACUGUUGAAGUUUGGUACAACAGUCAAGAAGAAGCAGCACGAUGUGUACGGUGCCUUUUACAAGGACGUUGAUAUGGACAAAACAGCGACAAAGAUCACAUUUGACGAUUAA